UCGCCCUCCAUCACCGGCCGAGCCCACUGACAGAAAACAGCAGCGAGCGAUCCCUCACGAUUCACGGAAAUAUGUAGCUAGCUGGCACCCAUCGCCGCAGUUCGACACCAGGGAGGUUUGGCGGAGCUGUUACGUGGGGCAUUACCAUGGGUGGUCAUGAUGAUGAAGAUAUGACAUAUGUCGUAAACAAACAAAAGCAAGAUGAAGAGCUUAAGAACAAGCUGAACGAGGGCAGCCACUGGUGCGACCAGGAGCCCACUGGCAACAAUGCCAAGUGGCUGAAAGAAGGCCAGAAUCAGCUGCGCAAAGUCGCGGAGAACCAUCAGGACCAGGAUCACAACUGCAAUAUCAAUCAGAAUGGGAACAAGGAAGACUUUCCUCACCAGAACACCACUCAGGAAGAACAACAGGGAAACGAGGAGCAGCAGAACAAGUCUCCCAAAAUAGCAAUGACCCCUGGUCUCAGUCAGGAAGAGUCCAAGAACAUCCUUAAUGAGCCGCUCCUCAUCGACACUCUGGAGUCCACGGAAGAGAAAGAUAAAGAGAGAGAGGAAGAUGAUAAAGAGAAGGAGAACACAUCGGAUGAGGAGACAUCUGGUGGCACCGGAGGGGAGGAAGUGGCAACAGAACAGAGCAACUCCCAGUCUCAGAGAGAUGGUGGCAUUGUGGGCAGAAACGCUUGCCUUCUCUUUUCCAACAUGAACGGGACACCGAGUGAUGAAGAGUCCAGCUGGCCUGCACUUUCUCAGGACAACACCGCUGACAGCUCUCCAAACGGAAACAGAGAGUCCUUCUGGGACUCGAGUGCUUUCGAGACGGACACGGACCUUCCUUCGGGAUGGAUGAGGGUGCGAGACACAUCCGGUACAUACUACUGGCACAUCCCCACGGGCACUACCCAGUGGGAACCCCCCUCCCCUCUCGGUAAAAUCGGCGACUCCACCUUGUCCUCUACGAUGUCCCUGGAGACCACGCCCUGUGAGGAACCUGAGGAAUCUUGGACUCAGCUGUCCAGCACGGACGAAGGCGCUGGCGAAGCUGAGCUGUGGAAAGAAGAGGCAGAGGUCGCAUCUGAUCAAAGUCUGAAGGAGUUUGAAGGAGCAACUCUACGCUAUGCAUCUAUCAACCUGAACUACAAUUACUCCCCGUCUGAGGACGAAAAGAACCUGGAGCCGCUCUGCACAGAUAUAGAAACAAAGUGUUUCGCAGUGCGUUCCCUGGGCUGGGUGGAGAUGUCAGAGGAGGACAUGGCGCCCGGAAAGAGCAGCGUCGCUGUCAACAACUGCAUCCGGCAGCUCUCGUAUCACAAACACAACCUCCACGACACUGCUGGUAUCUGGGGAGAGGGUAAAGACAUGCUGAUGGUCCUGGAGAACGACACGAUGAACCUGAUCGACCCGCUGGGCCAGACGCUGCUCCACGCUCAGCCGAUCGGCAGCAUCCGCGUCUGGGGCGUCGGCAGAGAUAACGGCAGGGAAAGGGACUUCGCCUACGUGGCCCGGGACAACCUGACCCAGGUUCUGAAGUGUCAUGUUUUCCGCUGCGACUCUCCUGCCAAGAACAUCGCCACCAGCCUACAUGAGAUGUGCUCAAAGAUAAUGAUGGAGAGGAAGUCGAGCAAGCCGGGGGUGAGCAGACUGAACUCCGACCCCAGCAAGCCAGUGGUCAUCCCUGUUGAAGAGUUUCCUGCUCCGAAGAACGAACUCUUCCAGCGCUUCCAUGUUUAUUACCUUGGUUGUGAGCCGGUGACCAGACCAGUGGGUAUGGAAAUAAUCAACGACGCACUGCAGGCAGCAAUAAAUGGCAAAGACAAAGCCGACUUCACUCCCGUCUCGGUGAACGUGGCACCGGCCACCCUCACAAUCCUGACCAGACAGGACGAGGAGGUGCUGUCCGAGUGCAGGGUGCGCUUCCUGUCCUUCAUGGGUGUGGGGAAAGACGUCCACACCUUCGCUUUCAUCAUGGCGGAGGGUCCUCAGGAGUUCGCCUGCCACAUGUUCUGGUGCGAGCCCAACGCCGCCAGUCUGAGCGAGGCCGUGCAGGCCGCCUGCAUGCUCCGCUACCAGAAAUGUCUGGACGCCCGUCCGCCCAGCCUGGCCUCCUGCCUGCCCACUCCUCCCGCCGACUCGGUGGCUCGCCGGGUCAGGAAGGGGGUGCAGAGUCUGCUGGGCAGCUUCAAGAGCUACCGGUCCGGCUCUCAGUCCCCCUGAGUGCCAGCAGAGAUGAUCCGCAGCCAUCCAACAUCAGCCCCCCCCCCCCCCCCCCCCCCCCCACUCACAUAUCCUCUCCCCUCACCCUCCUGCCACAGUCUCGCCUUAUGACCUACCGAUCGGCCGUCCCGUCGCUCGUCUGGUGCGUGGCACAGCUAGUGGGAGAAUGUGUUUGUGUCUGAUCUGAUUGCAUUUGCCUCCUCCUCAUUGUGUGUACGAGAGACGCGCCGAUACCAGAACCGUCAGGUGAAACCAGCCGCCUGCCUGCAGGAAAAAAAAACUUCUUAGAUUAAUGAUGAACCUUCUGGUGAGACAUUGUUUAGAGAAGAGAAAAGACAGGAAGUGUCGGUUCAGGUGUGACUCCCUGUGGCGUUCAGGGACCGCUGGGCUAAGGUGGCGCUCUACAUCCAUAACAAGCUCUUCCUGUUGAACUUGUUCACCCCGCCGUCACUUCCACGGUCGUCCUUCAGACGUUUCCCCUCUGUUCUCGUCGUUGUGGAGCCUGUCCCCGGCUCCCUUCACUGGUGGUGGUUAUUCUCAUUUUUCAUUCUUUGCGGCUCUUGGUUUCCACGCAGCUCGUCUCUGACCUGCUGAAGGUUCUUCUCGUGGUUCAAAGUCACGUGCACUGCUGUGAUCCACCCAGCUGGUAGAUGAAAUCCUGCUUGUAGAGUCUGGUCUUUGGCGUUUCCUCGGCCGCCUCCUCCGGGCGUGACGCCGUCUGGUUGUCUGUCACUUCUCACAACACCAGCAGCUUCAUGAGCGGAGGCCUUUGGCCCAGCAGAGUUCGCCCCACGUCACUCAUUAGUGGAACUCUGACCCGGGCUUCGGGGCUCACGCACUGGCGAUGCUACACGUUACACACGAUUCCACAACUGGACUCGAUCUACACCCUGAGACUUUCACACCAUUCACACCGGCCUGACCUGCUUACCAUCAGGAAACCGGUCCAGAGCAAUAAGAACAAGGACAGCCAGACUCAGGGAGAGCAGUGGCCUCAUGGAGCCAUCCCUCCACCCCAGAGCCUCCCCGACUCCACCAUGAACCUGGAAGCUGAAGCGGUGACACACUGGCUUUAUGGCAUUUCAUAAAUACUCAUAUCUGCAUCAGCAAGUCGUGAAAGCUUCGUGUUGGCGCUCGUUCUCCUGUAACACGCUGGUAUCGGUGCAUCCCUCCAUUUUAAACUCUCCUCACACAGAUGAACCCUUUUAUCCUUCUUUGCUGCGAUUCUUCUGUGAGUCUUAACUAUUUUUGUGUUUUAACAGAAACAACGCUAUGAAUGUUGAUUAUGGAUGUAAUAUAUAUUUACAUACAGGUGUUAGAAUUUGCUUGGAUGGACCGCCCCUCACAGAAACGCCCUCAUCGCCCCUCACACUCCUCUUUUUCUACCGUUUUUCUCAUCAAAGAUCCUCUACUGAUUUUUCUAAGACGUCUCCUCCUCUCUCCACCACAUCGGGCUGUAAUAGAAACGCCGUCGGCGUCUCGGUCGCCAACGUCCCCGACUCGCCCCAGCAGUGUGAAAUAGUCUUCCAAAGAAACCGUGCGGUCAUCUGUCACGUGGCGAGCCGCCGCUGCGUUUCCUCACCCAUCCUGCAUGAACAUUUGCAAAGUUCAGCGCUCGUGUGCAAUAAUCCCGGCGCGGCGACGCGACGGCUGCCGUGUCGCGUGCACGUUCCUCGUCUUUCAGUGGGACAACAGAGCCAUGCUGAAAAUCAGAGAAAUAAUCGUACUGAAAAAAAUAGAAUCUCUGGGGUUCCUCACAGCCAUUUUACCGCCAACUACUGAACUGUACUGUAGACGGAUCCUCCACCACAAAGCUGCAUGUUUUGAUAGCUUAGAGGCAGUGUUAAGAGCCAUCGGUGUACCCUGUAAAUUGUGUGUUCGUGAGCGGAGGCCGGAGGUGGUGUGUUGUUUCGUGUUACAUAGGCAUGUCACUCUAGUUAGUGUCAGUGUUUACCAUAAGCUAGCCGUAGAGAGUUAGACUUCCUUCAGACUGAAGACGAGAGCAGGAGUCAUGUCUGUGUUUACCGUCAAGCUUUCCCCCUCGGCCGCAGCCACUCCACCUGACCUUUCUCUUCUUUUUCUUUCUUUCUUCUUUUUUUUUUAAUCGUUUCCACACACUACGAUGUACACAGUUCGGAUGGUUUUCACACUAGCUUCUUAGAUUUAGUUUUUAUAAAGAACACACUAAUUAUCCAAGUCGUAUCUUAUCUCCACGUGUCCGUCAGUGAUCAAUACUGUAUGUAGCACAAUAGUAACAGUCAUCUCUUAUAUAAAAGAAGCAGUUUGUGAGAAGUCUGGAGGAUGUAAUGCCUUCGAGGCGUUUGUAAAUACCCUCAGGGUGUUUAACCUCAUUAAAAAAAGACUUUAGAAUAAAUACACUGCUGGAAUAUUGAAAGAAUUAUUGAAUCAAAUCCUCAAAUUACAAUGAUAUUCUACUAAAUGGCAAAUAAUGAAUGACUUCUGAAGCAUUUAACCGGUCGCUGUAGAAGCAGCUCAUCACUCUGUAAUAGUUUCUUUUAAUUUUAAGGUCUUCAGAACCUGAAAGAGUUUGGAAACAGACUCAUUCUGAAAAUGUCCCGCAGGGUCAAUAUUUGGCUCUAACUUCAGAAUCUCGACUGCACCUCUUACAAACUGCUUCUUGGUGCGUGGGUGUGUGUGGGUGUGUGUGUGUAUAUAAUGUAACACUAAUGAAGAGUAGACUACAUUGACUCACAUUACUGCCUCGUCACUCGGAGUUGUUGUGCUUCUUCUCCUUUUAAAGAUUGCUGUCCAGUCAGUGGCACGAUUAAGGCCAGAAAAGUUCCAGAACAUAAGCAGAUUAAUUUAUUUCUGUUCAUGUAAAUUAGGUGUAUAAAAUGUAUGUACAUAAAAGUCACUGCACAAUAAAUGUGAACAUAUCAUGACACUUCUC